CCCCUGAGUUUGCCGCUUACCAAUAGGCAAUCCUUAUAUUUCUUGGUGUGCGAUCACAUCAUAUUAUUAUAAAAUAUUAGUGAUCCCUACUAUGCUCCCUCGAGGUGGAUAUAGGAUCUCUCCACUCUGAGAUCUCCUGAAGCUGUGCCCAUUAUGGCCAGCUCUAUUCCGCCGAGACCCGGCGAGGCCGACAAUCGAGGACCAUCACUAGUCAUUAUCAAUACUUCGUUCACAGCGAUCGCCGCGAUAUUUGUUGCUCUGCGGAUCAUAUCGCGAGGACUCAUCUUGAAGAAACCAGGCUUGGACGAUGGGAUGAUUGUUGCUGCCACGAUCCUGGCUAUUCUGAAUGUGGUUGUUGCAGGAUUGGGGGUUCAAUAUGGCACAGGAAAGCACAUGUGGGACUUGGAAGCGAAGGAUGCCAAUCCUGCGGCCAAGCUUCGUUUCAUCACCCAUAUCAUCUAUGUUCUGGACAGCGGCCUGAUCAAGAUCUCCAUCUCCCUGCUGUACCUUCGUCUCUUCCCGAACAUCCGCCGGACCACUCUCAGUACCAUCGCCUUCAUCACAUCCAUGACCACUGCGAUAUUCCUGGCCACCAUCUUCCAGUGCUCCCCGGUCGAUGCGGUCUACGACCCCCAGAAAUACCGACACUACUCGUGCUUCGAUUCGGUCCCGUUCUGGUCCUCAACAGCUGCCCUGUACCUGGCCACGGACAUUUGGGUUUUACUGCUCCCAAUGAAAACCAUUCUAGGUCUCCAGGCGAGUCGCAGAAAGCGUCUCGUUCUGACGGGCCUCCUCUCCCUCGGCGCAUUCGCCUGCAUUGCCAGCAUCGUCCGCAUGGUCUACAUUGUCAAGCUGUACCAGGGCUCCGACCAGAGCUGGCACAGCGUGGACGUCUCGAUUUGGUCCGGGGUGGAGCUGGCGCUGGGGAUCGUCGCGGCGAGUAUCCCAAGCCUGCGACCGAUCUUGAACCAGAUCUCGCCCAGGGUAUUUGCCUCGUCGGCUCGGAGGAGCGAAGUCCAGGGGCUGUCUGGAGGGAGCGCUGGGGGCCGUGGCCGGGUCAAGCCUGCUGCGUCGGUCCGUGGCCAACAUGAGGAUCUUUCGCUUGUGCGGUUGACGCGGAAGGAGGUCGCGGGCGAUGAGGAUUCUGCGGUGAGUGUUGAGGAUGCUCGCCAUCUAACUUGA